AAAACUAGAACUUUCGGAUUUUGCUCUUGUUAAUCUUAUCAAUUGUAUUGUUUUUAAAUUUUAAUCAAUAAACCAUACAAAAUUUAGGUGUUUUUAAAAAUUGUUUUGGUCGCUGUACGAGUUUUAUUCAAAGCCAAUAUGAAAUUCGUACUUUUAUUGACAGUUGUUGUGACUCUUGUCGCUUGUACAGUCGGUUACCAAUACGAAUGGGGUACGAUUGGGCCAAAGGAUUAUAAAAUUGAAUCGCAUAAAGUUUCAAAAUUGUUUUUCCUCGGUCUACGUGUUUCGAAAACAUAUAUUUUCAAACAAAAGAAAAUCGAUGCAUUGACAAUAACUGCUAUAAGAGUAACUGAUCUAAAGGAUAAAGGUGCAGUGGCCGAGCUUGUAAAUGGAGGACCUGGAUCUAAAGGCGCAACCUUAAAAUUUACAUCAGAACGCAGCAAAGGCAUCUUAUCAAAAGUCGAGAUCUGGGGAAGAUAAACGUACUUCACUUCGUUCAACGUUGAAAAAGUUUUAAAUAAAAAUAUU